AAUCAUUAGACACAGACCGGUUUAUCGACUACUAUUAUUCUACGACGUAUAAAUACCGAUACAAAGAAUCAGUACCCCCGUGCUCCUUCAAAUAUCCUUUCCAAAGAUUGCGAUUACAGCUUCCUUCUCAUUUUACGACAUGUCACUAUCACUUGAUUCUACCAUUAAACUUGCCAGCGGAAAUCUCAUCCCUCGCCUUGGGUUUGGUGUGUACCAGGCCCGCUCCAAAGAAUGCGAGGACGCAGUCAAGAAGGCCAUUGAUACUGGUUACCGGCAUGUGGACACUGCGCAAGCAUAUCAUAACGAAGAAAACGUUGGGCGUGCCAUACGCAACUCUGGCGUACCUCGCCCCUCAGUUUUCUUGACGAGCAAGUACAUGCCUUCCCAUACUGUAUAUUCACCUACAGAAGUUUUGGAUGUCGUUCGCAAGUCCUUGAAAAAAGUGGAUCGUUGUGGAGACGACAAGCCUUACAUCGACUUGAUGUUGAUUCAUGCUCCAUGGGGAGGAGAAGAAGGUAGAAAGAAUAACUGGGAAGCCUUGACGAUAGCGCAGAAAGAAGGCUGGGUGAAGGAUAUAGGAGUCUCCAACUUCGGUAUCCACCACCUCAAAGCUCUCCCUCCUCCUGUACCAGCCGUUAACCAAAUUGAAUUGCACCCCUUUUGUCAACAACGUGAUAUAGUCAAGUACUGUGAAGAGCAUGGGAUCGCCAUCGAGGCUUAUUCGCCUCUAGUAAGGGCUAACAAGAAGCACUAUGAUAACGAGGUGCUGGUCAAGGUCGCAAAAAAGUAUGGGAAAGAAGUGGCUCAAGUCUUGCUCAGAUGGAGUCUUCAGAAAGGCUAUAUCCCUCUUCCUAAGUCUGUCACACCGUCUCGUAUUGAGUCGAAUGCCGAUCUUUAUGAUUUCAAAUUGGAUCAGGAAGAUAUGGCAGAGAUCGAUGGCUUGGAUAAAGGUUCUGAGGGUGCCAUUUCGUGGAAUCCUGUUAAUCAUGAGUAGAUAGAUAUCUUUAAUGAAACGAAUCUUUUUAACGAUGAUGUUGCGACGUCGAACAAAACAGCGGAGAAAUCGAUCAAGAUGCAUUAAGAUGA